AUGGUGAAAAAAGGCAAGGAGAAGGGCGGUGCUGCUGCUUCUGGGACGGCUUCAAAAACCGCAGCGACCAAGGCCCCAGCGACGAAGACACCAGCGAAGAAGGAGUCAGCAAAGAAGGCGGCGCCGCCCGAAGAUGACUUGCUCAUCUUCACUACCGAUAAGAAGAAGAAAGGGGGCCCGUCUGCUGCCGAGGAGGGGCCCCCUGAGCCGCCGAAGCCGACAGCAAAGCAGAUAAUAGGUGGCCAGUCGUGGACCGGGAAGCUUCCGGUGAACCUUCUCUCGGAGCACUGCCAGAAGAUGAAAUGGGAAAGACCCGACUAUCAUCAGCGGAACAAUGCGGACGGCUUCUCUUCCAUGGUCACUCUCAGUGCCAAGAACCCCAAAACCAAGGAGACUGUGAGACUUGAGCCUUUCAAGCUGCCUCCAAGCCAUGUGCAUCUGGCGUACAAGCCUACGGCCCUGGAGGCGAAACACUUUGCCGCCACAUACGCGCUGUACAGGGUGUGCAGCAUGAAGAACAUGAGCAUGGUCCUCCCGCCCGACUACAAGUCGUUGUGGAAGGAGUUCGAGACCUUGAAGAAACAGGAUGUCAAGGACGGCAAAGGUUGGAUGUACGAGGCCGACCCCUUCAAAGCACUGGAGGAGAGGCAAGCCGCAAAGAUGGCUGCUGAAAAGAAGAGAAAGGAGCAGCAGGCCAUCAAGGAGAAGGCCGCUCAGAUGCCAGGCGCUUCGGGCCUGGUGCUCAGGGGCAACGCCGCAGCGUCCGGUGGCGGCGGCCACAACCCGAUGAAAGGCUGGACCACGGUGCCCAAGAUGGAGAUGGGCAACAAGACAAGGCAGCACUUGGAAAGCCUCCUCAGGCGCGACACGGUCUGGAACCCACAUGCUGUCGUCAUGAGCCAGAACCAAAAGGCGUCUAUCAUCAAAGAAUUCAAAGAGUUGGGGUUCCGGCCCAGUCACAUCGAGGAAGCGAUCGAGGAAUGCAAGGACCGCGAGGAGGCACUCGAAUGGUUAUUGAUCCAUGUUCCUGAGGAUGACCUGCCGAAAUGGGCCCUGCCUGAAAAGUAUGGUGCGGGUAUAACUGUUGGGGCCACCGACCUGCGAAGGGAGGGUGCUGCGACUCGUCUGGCACAAUCCGGCUACUCCAUCGAACUUUGUCGCAAGGUCUACGACGACACUGGAGACGAGGGCAAAGCGGCUGAGGCACUCCAGAAGAUACUGCUGAGCAGUGGUUCGGAUGUCGAUGAAAACACCAUAGCCGACGACGCUUUGUCUACCGAGGACCGUGACCAGCAAUGGGAAGAUGAGCUGGCAACUCUGGAUUCGCUUUACGGGGAACAGUAUUCCCGCCUGGGGACAGAGGUCUGCCAGGUGCGGCUAGAGUCUGUCAUAAAUGGCGCAAAGAAAGACGUCGAGGCCUCCAUUCAACUACGCAAAUCGCCGCAUUACCCGUCUCAGCUCAUCAUUUCAGUGGUUGCAGACCUCCCAUCAUACAUCAAGCUAAGUAUCAUCAAGAAGACGCUGGCGUACAUGGCCGAGUCUCUUGAAGGUGAGGAGACGAAAAUGUUCUACGUCAUCAGCUGGAUGCAGGAAAACAUGAACGACAUCAUUGAGAGGCCGGGUGCCCUUCGCGACAUUGCAGCUGUGUCUUCCACAGCCUCAGAGGAGAAGACAGUUUCAGUGCGGAAGCGGGCCAAGAAAAUAUCACGACAUCCCAACCCUAUAUCAUGGAUCCCUGAGAGCAGUGCCAUUCAAAGGUGGAUAGAGAGGCAAAAGCUUCCCUCUUUCCAGAAGAUGUUGGCGCAACGCCGGAAAUUGCCAGCCUGGGAAGUCCGGGAGGAUAUUGUUGACACAGUUGAGGCCAACCAGAUCACCAUUAUCUCGGGUGAGACUGGCUCGGGGAAGUCGACACAAUCUGUGCAAUUCAUACUCGAUGAUCUCUAUGACCGUGGGUACGCCAAGUGCGCAAAUAUCAUCGUCACACAACCUCGCCGAAUCUCCGCCCUUGGUCUGGCGGAUCGAGUGAGUGAGGAACGCUGCAUGACUGUUGGUCAAGAAGUCGGCUACUCCAUUCGUGGUGAAAACAAGACCAGCAGGGAUACGAAGAUCACCUUCGUCACGACCGGCGUGCUUCUUCGACGCCUACAGACGUCUGGCGGCCAUAUCAACGACGUAGUGGCUUCCCUUGCAGACGUCAGCCACGUUGUGAUAGACGAGGUUCACGAGCGAUCUCUCGACACGGACUUCUUGCUGAGCAUCGUGCGUGACGUUCUUAGGAAACACAAGGACCUCAAGUUGAUCCUGAUGAGCGCAACCUUGGACUCUGCAACAUUCGGGGAUUAUUUCAAGGCCGAUGGACUCCAAGUCGGAUUCGUGGAAAUCGCUGGCAGGACGUUUCCUGUCCAGGACUUCUAUCUGGAUGAUAUUAUACAUCAAACUGGGUUCACGGGACAACAUGAUUACCACGACAGCAAAGACCGCACUCUGGACGAUGAGCAGCGAGUUUCCAAGGUGAUCCAGAGCCUCGGUAUGCGAAUCAACUACAACCUCCUUGUCGAGACUGCCAAAUGCAUCGACGCAGAACUGUCCCAGACGCAGAAAUCAGGUGGCAUACUCAUCUUCUUGCCCGGUGUUGCAGAGAUCAAUCAGAUAUGCAGGCUGUUCAGCUCCGUCACAUCCCUCUAUGUUCUUCCUUUACACGCCUCUCUCGAAACAAAGGAACAGAGACGUGUAUUUGCGACUCCACCUUCGGGCAAGAGGAAGGUAGUCGUGGCCACUAACGUCGCUGAGACAUCUAUCACAAUCGACGAUAUUGUUGCCGUCAUCGACAGCGGGCGAGUGAAGGAGACGAGCUACGACCCGCAAAACAAUAUGCGUAGGCUUGGAGAGACGUGGGCGUCUCGAGCUGCUUGUAAGCAGCGUCGAGGACGUGCUGGCCGUGUCCAGGCCGGGAAAUGCUACAAGCUCUAUACCCGGAAUCUGGAAGAACAGACCAUGCUCGAGAGGCCUGACCCGGAGAUACGGCGAGUACCUCUGGAGCAACUGUGCCUUUCUGUACGGGCGAUGGGGAACAAAGAUGUCGCUGGUUUCUUGGGCCGGACUCCCACACCUCCCGAGGCGAUGGCUGUUGAAGGUGCGGUCAAGAUGCUUCGCCGAAUGGGGGCUCUCGACGGAGACGAGCUCACGGCCCUCGGUCAGCAGCUCGCCAUGAUUCCUGCAGACUUGCGCUGUGGUAAACUCAUGGUAUACGGCGCGAUCUUCGGCUGCCUGGACGACUGCGUUACUAUCGCCGCGAUCCUGAGCACAAAGAGCCCGUUCCUGUCGCCUCCGGAUAAGCGAGAGUUGGCGAAGCAAGCGAAGAUGAGGUUCGCCCAAGGAGACGGUGACCUCUUGACCGACCUGAGGGCUUUCCAGGAGUGGGACGAGAUGAUGCAGGACCGGAUGCCGCAGCGUCAGGUCCGGGGCUUCUGUGAUGACAAUUUCUUGUCAUACAACACCAUGUCAGAUAUCGCGUCAACGAGGACGCAGUACUACUCCUCUCUCGCUGAGGUGGGCAUUGUCAACUCGGCAGACGUCUACUCUGGGAGAUACAGAACCCAGUCGCCCUCCAUGCCACUUCUUCGAGCGUUGACAGCUUCGGCCUUCAGCCCGCAAAUUGCGAGAAUCCAGUUUCCUGACAAGAAAUACAUGGCCUCGGUUUCCGGAGCCGUUGAGCUCGACCCCGAGGCCAAGACGAUCAAGUACUUCAACCAGGAGAAUGGCCGGGUGUUUGUGCACCCCAGUAGCACACUGUUUGACAGCCAAGGAUUUUCGGGCAACGCAGCAUUUGUAUCAUACUUCACACUGAUGGCGACGUCCAAGAUAUUUGUCAGGGACUUGACUCCUUUCAACGCGUACACGCUCUUGAUGUUCUCCGGGGCUAUAGAGCUAGACACCCUAGGCCGAGGCCUUGUUGUAGAUGGAUGGCUACGCUUGAGGGGCUGGGCUCGUAUCGGAGUUCUCAUCUCGAGGCUUAGGGGCAUGGUCGACAACAUUAUCGCGAGGAAGGUGGAGAAUCCCUCUAUAGACCUCCGGGAUAAUGACGUUAUCAGAGCGGUCACAAAGUUGAUAGAGCUAGACGGAUUAGACGCGUGA